GCACGAGAAGCAGGUGCAAGUGUUUCUGUUGCCUGCUGACCUGCUGGAAAGAAGUCAAUCAUUCAAGCUAAUUCAUCACACCCAGUGCAUCAUGGGAGCUGUAGUCGUCUCCCUGCUGCUCAUCUCUCUGCUGACAGUAUCAGUGUGGGGAUCGGGCGUGUCCAGCCAAGGUGGCGCUGUGCUGUGUCCUCUGCAGUGUGUGUGUGAGACGCGGCCCUGGUACACUCCUCAGUCUGUGUAUCACCAGGCCCGAACUGUCGACUGCAACGAGCUGCACCUGCAGAGAGUACCGGCUAACGUCUCCAUGGACACGCAGGUGCUUCUCCUGCAGAGCAACAACAUCUCCUCCAUCACCACCGAGCUGCAGAGUCUGACCAACCUGACGGAGCUGGACCUGUCGCAGAACCACUUCACUCAGGUGAGCUCCAUGGGUCUGUCCUCUCUGGGUCGCCUCGUCACCCUGUACCUGGAGGAGAACCACAUCGAGGAGUUAGAGGACUUCAGUCUGAGAAACCUCUCCAGUCUGGAGGAGCUCUACAUCAACCACAACCAAAUCUCCUCCAUCGGACCCAAAGCCUUCGCUGGACUCUUCAACCUGUUGAGGCUCCACCUGAACUCCAACCGUUUGGUGGCCAUCGACAGUCGCUGGUUCGAGUCCCUGCCGUCCCUGGAGAUCCUGAUGAUUGGGGAGAACCCCAUCCUCGGUCUAGAGGAGAAGAACUUCCUCCCUUUGUCCCGCCUCCACAGCCUGGUCCUGGCUGGGAUGGGACUGUCCUCUGUACCCUCAGCUGCCUUUGUGGGUCUUGACUACCUGGAGAGCCUGUCUUUCUAUGACAACAAGCUCAGGUCGGUUCCUCGUGAUGCACUCAGCGUUCUCCCAAACCUGAAGUUCCUGGACCUGAACAGAAACCCCAUCAGCCGAAUCCAGCAGGGGGAUUUCCAAAACCUUCAGCACCUGGAGGAGCUUAGUUUGAACAACAUGGAGGAGCUGCUGAUGGUGGAGCACGGGGCUUUCCAGAACCUUCCAGAAAUCGCCAAACUAGAGCUCUGCAACAAUCCACAACUGUCCUACAUCGAUCCUCAGGCCUUCAGUGACCUGGCCUCCCUCCGGACGCUGCUGCUCCACAGUAACCAGCUGGGCCUGGUCUCCGGAGACCUGCUGUCCUCCCUGUCCUCCCUGGAGGAGCUGUCCCUGCACUCCAACCCGCUGCGCUGCGACUGCCUGUCCUCCUGGGGCCCGCACCUCGGCAACCAGUCGCACCUGAAGCUGCUGGAGUCCUCCGUCACGCUCUGCUCCUCCCCGCCGGGCCUGAUCGGUCGAGAGCUGCAGGAGGUGGUGGCGGCGGGGUGGGGCGGGGGCGGAGUCAACAGCUGCCUGCCGCACAUCUCGUCUCACGCCUUCCCGCCGGCCAUGAACGUCAGCGCCGGGCAGCCGAUCACGCUGGAGUGCUGGGCGGACGCUGACCCUGCCCCCCAGUUUUACUGGGUGACGCCCACAGGGGACAAGGUGAGCUCGGAGGCGGUGGCUGCGCCGAUGAUCUCAGAGGAGGGGCGUGGCCUCAGCAGAAGGAAGAAGAAGCACCGUGUGUCGGAGCCCGGAGCGCUGGUGAUCGAACACGCCGAGCCGUCGGACACAGGUGUGUACACCUGUGUGGCCUGGACCGCCGAGGGAGCCGACACCAAGAGCGUCUCCGUGUUCGUGGACUCACAGGGGGGCGGCUGGAGGGGCGGCGAGGCCCGGCUGGGGAACUCCUCCAGCACCGGCGCCUCUCUGGUGGUGCUCGCAAAGGUGGUUCACGCUCAGUCGGUGGUUCUGGAGUGGAGGUUGUAUCCCAGUAGAAGAGCUCCGUCGGGGGAUCAGACCCAGCCCGACGCCCCCCUCGCCCUCCCCCGGUGGACCAGCGCCACCGUCCACAUCGACAACCCGCAGAUCAGCUACACGGCGAAGGUCCCGGUGGAUGUUCAGGAGUAUAAUCUGACUCACCUCCUCCCCGCCACGGAAUACCACGUCUGCCUCACCGUCUCCUCCUCUCCCCCCUCCCCCGUCCUGCCGUCCUCCUCCCCCGGCCCGGCCCCGCCCCCCGCCUCCUCCCCCUCCGCCCCCGUCCACACCUCCUGCCUGAACGUCACCACCAAGGAGGCGGGCUUCUCGGUGGAGCUGGUGGCGUCGCGGCGCAGCAGCGUGGCGCUGGCGGCCGUCAUGGGCUCCAUGUUCGCGCUGUCCAUCAUGGCGCUGCUGGUGGUCUACAUGGGGCGCCGCGUGCAGCAGCACAAGUCCUGCGGCCACUCGCUCAAGAAGUACAUGCAGCACGCCACCGCCAUCCACCUCAAUGAGCUGUACCCGCCGCUCAUCACGCUGUGGGAGAGCGAGGUCGAGAAGGACAAGGACGACAAGGACGAGGAGGAGGAGCGGGGCGGCGGGGCGGCGGGCGGAGGCCGGGGGGACGAGGGGGCGGCGGGGGGCGGCGGCCAGAUCGACACCACCAAGACAUACAUGUGGUAGCCGGAGGACGGGCCAGGUCGGAACCCACUGACGCCCGAGGAGGGAGGAGCCUGACGGACA